CCUACACUCUAUUAUAUAUGUGUGAUCCUGUCUCGUCACCUAAAUCUUAUGAACUGGUAUAUUGGAUAGCUACGCACUAUGCCUAAGUAUAACCCUUCAUAGGUUAUACCUCAACUCGUCUAGGUCGCAUUCGUAUCUGUUACAUAGGUGCUAUAUCACCAGAGGGGAAAGGGUAACAAAGCUUUGCAGCUUGGAAAGAUAGAACAGAUAUCGUUUCGUAUUAUUCUACAUCUUACUAUUCAUCUAAGCGUAUAUCUAAAAAUGGUAGCAGACAAGGACGACCAGAAGACAACAACACAAUCAUCAAUACGAGGGGACAUUCGCCAACAUGAAAACGACCAUGACGGCACCUCUGGUAUUGGACGCGCUUGGAUUAGAUUCAUGACCUCCGUCGGAUGGUAUCCAGCGGAUAUGCCGAGUGAGGAGAAGCGGCUGAUCCUGAAACUUGACCUGAGUAUUCUGAUUUUUGGCUGCCUGUCUUUCUUUACCAAAUAUCUUGACCAGCAGUCGAUUACCAACGCAUAUGUCAGUGGUAUGAAAGAAGAACUCGGGUUGUAUGGGGACCAGUUGAACUACAUCACUGCAACAUUUUGGGCAUCCUACUGUGUCUUCAUGGUCCCGGCUUGCUACCUCUUAACGCAUUAUCCUGCUAACCGAGUUCUCCCGACUCUAGAGAUCGGAUGGGGGCUUUCCACCUUUGGCCUAGCUUGGGCUAGGAACGUCGAGACAGUAUAUGCGAUGCGGUUCUUCACUGGUGUCUUCGAAUGCUGUUCGUUCACAGGAACGAUUUACGUCAUCGGAUCCUGGUAUAAGCCGGGAGAAAUUGGCCGUCGCGUUGCUUUCUUCUUCAUUGCGAGUCCCCUUGGAACUAUGUUUGCUGGGUAUCUCCAGGCCGCAGCUUAUACGAAUUUGAACCAGGUGCGUGGGUUAGCAGGAUGGAGAUGGCUCUUCGUUGUUGAUGCCAUCAUCACUCUUGUUAUAGCAGCAAUCGGCUUUGUCGUCUUUCCCGAUGUGCCGUCAAGGAAGAAACCGCGAUUUAUCACAGAAGAGGAGCACGCCCUUGCGCGUAAACGACUCCAUAGAAUUGUGGCGCCGCCGCAAUUACAGCUAUCCCGGGAUAUAUUCAAACGGGUGUUUUCUCGUUGGCAUUGGUACCUCUUCGUCCUUCAAUGGACCUUGAUGGACCAGAACUUUCUACCUGGCAGUACACCAUUCUCAUUGUAUCUGAAAGCGAAGAGUAAUAUGUAUUCAGUCGUCCAGGUUAACACGAUACCUACUAUUGCUACGGCAGUGAGUAUUGUGGUCGCCUUGUUCUGUGGUGUCAUCGCAGACAGAACAGGUCGAUUUUGGGUUCCCGCUAUUGCUGUGACUUUCCCCGUCCUCGUGGGCAUGAUACUACUUGUAACUUGGGAUGUUGGCGAGAGCGGACGUCUAGCUGGGUUUAUUCUGACAGGGUUUGAAGCUGCCUGCUCACCUUUGACAAUGGGCUGGGCGUCGGUGGUGAUGGCAGGAGAUGCGGAGGAGCGAGCAGUAGUGACUGCGAGUAUGAAUGCCAUCGGCCAAGCAAUCACAGCAGGCACACAGAUUGUCCAAUAUCCGGCCAGCCAUGCUCCUAAUUUUCGGGGUGGAUUUAUUAGUGUUCUGGUAACGACAGUUGGCCAAUUAGGCACGAUCCUGAUUAUCCUAUUCUUAGAUCGUAGGGACCAACGACGGCAACAAAAACAACGUCAAAAUCAAGUUGAGGACCCCUCUGGAUUGGACAAGGCAGUCUAGAGACUUAUGUUCAAUGUCUAGGUACCAAGCUACCAACAUUGAAGGGUUUUGACAGAACUAAUUAUGUUUGUACACAUGUAUGUAGGUACCUAGUAGGCAUUAGCCACAUAAUACAAGCCACUUUGAGG